GUACAACGAUGCAUAGAGCUUUAUUGUGUAUUGCCUAACUAGAGUACAGUGUAUCAUAAUACCUGGACCAGCAACACUUCAGUUCAUCCACGCCUCCUUCAACAACACCAGCAUUCUACACUUACACUGUUAUGUCAUGUUGCAGAGCUCAGAGGUCCCCAACAGCUCAUGGUGUGAGCUUGAAUUGCUCAAGCGCAGUGUUGACCUGCUGAGGGGAAAGGACCUGCAUUUGGCAACGCUGAUCACAGACCGUCAUCGCCAGGUUGCCAAAUGGGUGAGAGAGGAGCUGAGCCCUGAAGGGACACGGCAUUAUUUUGAUGUGUGGCACAUUGCCAAAAGUCUGGGGAAGGCAUUGGAUGCAGCUUCAAAAGAGUGUGACCAACUACAGUUGUGGAGGCCUGCUAUAGUGAAUCACCUCUAUUGGACUGCAGCCUCAACCCCAGAUGGCAACCCAGCGGUCAUGGAGGCCAAACGGAGAAGUUUAGUCAACCACAUCCAGGACAUUCAUGACCAUGACACCCCUGCCUUCUCCAGUUGUGCCCAUGGCCCUCUGGACGGGGAUCAGCGCAACAAAGAGUGGUUGGACCCAGGCUCAUUGGCAGCAGUAAAGAUGGAGAACAUAAUCAUGAGGACUGCCUUACUGAAAGAUGUUCGACAGCUGUCUCCACAGCACCAGACCUUCUCCCUUGAGGCUUACCACUCCCUCAUCUUGCACUUCGCGCCCAAGCACACAGGGUUUUCAUACCUUGGGAUGUAUAGCAGGCUUCUCUUAGCGGCACUGCAUUAUAAUCACAAUGCCAACCGCGAGACAGCACGGAGAAGUGAUGGGACGGAGAAGUACUGUGUGCGGUAUCCGCGCUUCAGAAAAGGUGCCCAUGUGGUGCUUCCCAUCAAAGAGGCAGCCUCAUACGGUUAUGCAACAUCAUUAAUGAAGGCCCUUCGGGAAAGCUACACCAAUUCACCUUCAGCUCUUCGAGAGACAAGUCCAAUGAUUUAGUUGUAAGUAUUUAUUUUAGUUGUUAGUUAUCUUCUUUCCCUCUGUCCCUGUCAUCUCAUUUGGUGGUGGUUUCCUGCAUGCUGCAUGGUUUGUUUUUUCUUUGUGUGCUGUUGCUUUGGUUUUACUUUGCACAAAAUUAUUACUUUUUUCCGUCUUUGUAAGUGGCAAUAAUUGUCGCUGUACCCCGUUCAAGGGGUCCUGCAUGCUGCAUGUCUGCUCCUCUGUCUGUUAUUUGCAUGAAAUUUGUUUUAUGUAAUUAAAAAUAAUUUACCAAUCAUUUUACCUGUGCCUUGUCAACCUCUGUGUGCGGCGUUG